UAACACUGUGAUCAUCACUGUUGUCUGCGUUAUGGCUGGUGUUGUAGUAGUUACUGUCGUUGUCGCAAUCGUCGUUGUCGUCAAACUAAGACGUAAAAGUGAUUACAAACAAGAUAGGGCUUCAACACGAAGAGGGACCAAGCCUGAUAUCCCAUUGGAGCCACCACCCACCAUAUCACAUACGGCCUUUGAUGUUGUUGACAAUAUUUACAGCAAAUCUCGACGUGGUAAAAGUGGAGACAACUGCAAUGAAGCAGGUGAGAGGAACUGUGAACAACCUAAGAUAUUCACAAUAAAUAACCUCGUUCCUCCUAUCCCAAGGGACCAACAAGUAUUCACGCCCAAUGAAGACUAUGUAGAUGUGGCAUCUGUAAAAGAACCUGAUUAUGACGAUUUUGUUUCUAGCCACGUUACAGGUAAGUUAACAAAGUAGCCAGUGUAAUCAGGUGUGAUAAAUUUUAUAAAUUAAAAUACAUGGGUCUAGACUUCUAGAGAAAUGUUAUUUGUCCUCCUGUUCUUCUGAUGUCCUGGUUUUCACUUAUCCUGUUUAAACUUACCGUGUGUU